AUGAAUCAAAGGUCACAAUCGCCCUCUGACGGAGAAGAAACCGACACAGAAGAGUAUGAUGUCGACCGCCAAUUGCAAUCCGACAUUCGAUCCAAAAAUGUUAAAAAAGCACUGGCGCAUCUGUAUGAGGAGGACGACGAUAGCAGAUUCAAUUUCGGCGCUCGCUCCGAUAUUGACCCCGCCACUCUGCAUCCUACCCAGGUUGACAUGAUCAGGAUCUGGCAGAUCUACCUCGACAAUGUCAACCCAUUGCUCAAAGUCACACAUACCCCGACCCUGCAAACACGCAUCGUUGCGGCUGCAGCAAAUUUAGCAACCGCUACUCCGACAUUACAAGCUCUCAUGUUUGGCAUCUAUUGUGUGUCCAUCAUGGGCCUUCAUAGCGAGAGUCUAAACCUCAAGCAUACUGCGCUCGAAGCAGAGAUGCGUCGCCGCCUCUGGUGGUCUCUUGUUCUUUUGGACGCCCGUGUGUCGGAAAUGUCAGAUUUUCAAUGCGGUCUCCUGUUACCGGGUUGGGACUGCAAACCUCCCUCGAACAUCCAUGAUUUUGACCUGGGUACGGAGACGAAGACACCACCUGCGCCACAUGAAAUGAUCACGGAAGCCACUUUCACAGUCGUCAGAUGCGAGCUAGCCAACUUCGUUCGCCAUAGUGGCUAUUGGCUCGAUUUCAACAACACGUGCUUGAAGCCGCUGGCGCGUCGCCCACCGGCUGGAUCUUCGCCCAAUGGCGACGAGCUAGCUGUCAUUGAGAAGAUGGUGGAGGAGCGGUACCUCAAGUUAUGUAACCCAGAUAACCCGCUGCACUUCAUGAUCAUGUGGAUGGCGCGGGGAUACCUUGCGAAGAACCGAAUGCUCGCACACUAUGCACGACAUUCGCGAGCGCCUCCAAAGCAGACUGAAGCGCAACGGGACUUGGCUUUAGGCUAUGCACUGACUCUGUUCGAAUGCGACACGAGGCUGCUUACUUCGCCACUGACCAAGGUCUUCACUUGGUUCAGUAUGACCGUACUACAAUUCCCUUUCCAAGCAUACAUUCACGUUGUACAAGAUCUCAAUCGACGUCCGACGGGGAGAUUAGCUGGAAGAGCCUGGGCAGUUAUGAGUGCCAACUACACUGUACGAUUCACGAAUUGGAUGGGCGAUGACAAUAAUCCGCUCGCGAACAUCAUAUCCAGAAUUGUACUUCAAGCUUGGGCAGCACGUAAAGCUGCCGUUCCAUCCGAGGCUGAGUCAGUACCCGCCAUUGUCGAAGCCAUGAACAGACGGAAACAGACAGGCAUGACACCUGACUACUCGCACCUACCGAGCUGGAUCCAGCAAGGAACCAACAACGACGACUCGUGGAUGCCUAUGCCUAUGCCGGCGCCCAUGCACAUGAUGAACUUUGAUACGUUUGAUCCGGCAUUGAAUUUCGCGUGGCCGGACCCGUUGUCAAGUGUACAGGAUCCGUCCUCGGUGGACCUUACCAUGGAUCAAAUGAAUCUGGACAACAUCGAUUGGAAUUCUCUGCGUGGCAAUGGACAGGGCUGGUGA